AUCAAGUUCUCCAAUUCAUCAAAGAACACACACUUACACCUUUUCCACACACUUCAUCGAUUCAAACUAUUUCCUCUACAAAACGAAGCCACUGAUUAUAAGUCUGCAGUUUUGACUUCAUUGUUCACCGUUCUUCUCGCACCUGUAGCCAGAUAUGAGAAGAUUGAACAAAAAUUACGGCGAUCCACCCAAGUUUUCCGAUCUCGGAGGCGGCGAUAUAUCCCGGGAUCAACAGACGAGAUUUGGGUUAAAUCCUUUGAAAUUAAUGGGGUGUUUUGUUGUUUGCUUGAUGGGUCUUUCAGUUUUGUUCUCAAUUUCCAUCAUUUUGAAGGAUUCUUCACCAAAUAGCAUCUGGGCUGUUGCUGAUGCUCGAGUUCUUGAUAAUGAUAUGGCAUCUCCCAGAGAUUUUGACCAAGAAGAUGAUCCAAUGGAGUCGCGUGUGAAGCACAAAAAGAAGCUACAUUCUGCAGGAUUUGAGCACGAAGACAAACUACUUGGUGGGCUUCUUUCCAGUCGAUUCGAUCAAGAUUCUUGCCUCAGUAGAUACGAAUCAGCAUCAUAUCGUAAAGAAUCACCUUAUAAACCUUCUUCUUUUCUAAUCUCGAAGCUACGAAGAUAUGAAGCUCUUCAUAAACGUUGUGGACCUUACACAGAAUCAUACAACAAAACUGUAACAAAACUAAGAUCAAAUGGUAUGAUCGAAGAAGAAGCUUCAGAUUGCAAAUAUCUGAUCUGGGUUUCGUUCAGUGGACUCGGGAACAGAAUCUUGACUUUGGGUUCGGCUUUUCUUUACGCCCUUUUAACAGAUCGAGUCUUACUUAUUGAUCGAGGAGUUGACAUGGAUGAUCUCUUCUGCGAACCUUUCCCUGAAGUCUCAUGGCUACUCCCUCUCGAUUUCCCAAUCUAUGAUCAAUUCAAAACCUUGAAUCAGAAAUCUCCCGAGUGUUUCGGUAGUAUAGUAUCAAACAAUUCAUCAUCAUCAUCUUCAUCAUCAGGGUAUGUGUAUCUUCAUCUGGUUCAUGAUUACGAUGCUAAUGACAAGCUUUUCUUCUGCGAUCAAGAUCAAAGCUUUCUUCAAAACGUUCCAUGGGUAAUCAUGAAAUCUGACAACUACUUCAUCCCAUCUCUUUUCUUAAUGCCAUCAUUCGAACAAGAACUACUCACCCUCUUCCCAAAUCAACAAACGGUUUUCCAUUUUUUAGGCAGAUAUCUGUUCUUCCCAACAAAUCCAAUCUGGGGUCUCAUAACACGAUACUACAACUCAUAUCUAUCACAAGCAGAUGAAAAAAUCGGCAUCCAAGUGAGAGUUUUUGACACGAGACCUGGCCCAUUUCAAUACGUACUCGAUCAAAUCCUCUCAUGUUCUUUACACAACAACUUUCUUCCAGAAAUCAAUCAAAACGAAUCUUCUGUAACACCAAAAAACCAAAUCUCAAAAGCUGUAAUUUUAACAUCUUUAAGCUCGGGAUACUUUGAGAAGAUACGAGACAUGUAUUGGGAAUAUCCGACUGUAACAGGAGAAGUGAUUCAAGUUUUUCAACCGAGUCAUGAAGGGUAUCAACAAACGGGGAAGAAGAUGCAUAACAGGAAAGCAUGGGCAGAAAUGUACUUACUGAGUUUAACAGAUAAGUUGAUUACGAGUUCAUGGUCAACUUUUGGGUAUGUAGCUCAAAGUCUUGGAGGAUUGAAUCCAUGGAUCUUGAAUAAACCCGAGAAUGAAACAACCCCAAAUCCAGCUUGCACUAAAGCCAUGUCGAUUGAACCUUGCUUUCAUGCUCCACCGUUUUUCGAUUGCAAAACGAGAAGUGGGAUUGAUACUGGUGAAGUUGUUCCUCAUGUUCGACAUUGUGAAGAUAUGAGUUGGGGUCUGAAACUUGUUAAUCCGAUAGGUGUCAAUGUAGCUUAGAUUGAUUUCACUUUUAUGAAAUUUUUUGCUGAUCUAUGUUUUAGUAGUAGUUAUGAGAAUAUA